AUGUCUGAAAAUUCGACGGUAGCAGCCUCCAAUGGUGGCAGAUCAUCUUCACAAUCAUCUAUGCGGUCUUCGAGAAACUCUUCGAGCAUCGAAACCAGCGUUACCAAACUUCUGAUGUCCACAAAACAUCUGCUGCAACGACUUACACAAUGGUCGAAGGGCGAGGCAAAUGAAAAGAACGUUUCUGACGCAUACGUGCAACUUGGAAAUGAUUUCAAGCUCGUUACGAAGCAAUUCUCGUAUGCUGGGUUGGAAGUCUCAGAUCUUGGUGAUCUGCCAACGACAUUGCGCAGGGUUUUGGAGGUUGCAUUAAGAGAAAGGCCCUCUGAGGAAACGCUCGACAAAUACCUUCCCAGUAUACGCGAAAUAGUGGUUACUCUUCUGGACAAAUUGAAAGUGAAGCAAACUUUACUGAAAAGUAUGAAACAAACAGUGCCCUACCUGCCGUCGAGCAAUUCGCAGUCUGCAUCAUCGUUAAGUGCCACGUCGGAAAGGUCGAACUCCGUAAGACGGGAAAUGGAGCUUACUGUCAGUUCUGCUAAUACCUCACCCCAUAGAUCUCCGGCUGCCACUAGUACACCGACAAAGGUGGAUUCAAGAACGACCCUACAUGUUCCGAAACAAAGAGAAGAUCAAAAGGCCGCGCUAGCACAGCUGAAAAAGACGGACACUUUGCAACGAAGAGCUUCAAAGAGGUUUUCGGCUUAUCACAUGGCCAAACUCAGUCAUCAAUCAACCAGUGACGCUGCCGCGUCAGCUACUUUGCCUGAUAGUACGGAUCGCAACAGUAAGUACGAGGACGAAGGUUAUCCAGAACACAAUUCAAACAUUUCCCAUGAUAACAAUGGCACGCCAAGCAAGGAAUCGUCAUUCCAUGAAGGGAAAUGCAUCACAGUUUUCUUGAAAUUGGAAGGUAGCACUAAAAAGUGCUCUUUAAAUGUGCCGACUUCGUUAAAUGCCGUUCGUUUGCUUUUUGUGGAGAAGUUUACAUACACGCCAGGUACAAAAAGUUUCCCUAAUAUUUAUAUCAAAGAUCCAUGCUAUGAUAUUUGCUACGAAUUAGAGGCCCAAUAUUUGGAGGACAUCAAGGAUGGUUCAACUUUAUCCCUCAAUGUCUCUACUUCUCAGUUCACUAAUGACGCUCUCAUUUCAGAUUUAUUCACUAAGUUUGAAGGUGUUCUCCACCAAUCACAAAAAUAUAUGCUUGAUGAAAUCCAGAACGUUCGAGCUUCGAUCUCAGUAUUGCAGCCUAAUGGUCAGUCGCAAAAUAUGGUAGAUACUAACCCCGGCGCUUCUCGGGCCGAUAUCGAGAUUUUGAGACAUCAGUUAGCUGUAUUGAAUCAAAUGCACAACGCUAGAAAGAAGAGCUAUGAAAACAACCUUUCCAACAUUUUGAAGAAAGUUGCAAAAUUCAAAAGCCUGACUUUCAACUCAUCUACAACUGCAAACCGGGUCUAUAUGGAAAAAAGCCACUCGAAACUGUCAAACGUUUCCGAUGGACUUCUGGGUAAAGUUGAUGAUCUGCAAGACGUCAUAGAAGCUUUGAGGAAAGAUGUUGCGGUAAGGGGUUCAAAGCCUUCGAAAAAAAAAAUAGAAGCGGUAGGUCUCGAAUUGGAAGAAGCGCAACUUGAAUUAGAGAGAAUGCAAGAAUAUGUUCUCAUCGAAAAGCCUAAUUGGAAAAAAAUCUGGGAAAGUGAACUGGAAAAGGUUUGUGAGGAGCAGCAAUUCUUGACGUUGCAGGAAGACCUUGCUUUUGACUUUGGCCAAGAUCUUGAUAAAGUCAAGGAAACCUUCCAUUUAGUGAAGCUGUGUUGUGAGGAGAAAGAAAAAAACCCCAAAAAAAACAGCAAUCCUAUUCUUCCAAUUCCAAAACCCGGUACAUUCAAUCAACUCCGAGAUGCGGUACUGAGUGAGGUUGAAUCAUUGCUUCCAGAUCAUCAGGAAAGGCUUGACGCAAUUGAACGAGCAGAAAAAUUGAGGGAUAGAGAAAGAAACUAUAGAGAAAAUAGUGAGUUUGAGGAUGAGUUGGGCAAUUUUGUUGUCAGAAACAAUUUCAAGAAGGCAGGAGGCAUAGGUGAGGUCGAAAAGUUACGCCAACAAAAAGAUGAAGAGAACUUGAGAGCUAACUUCUCGCAAAUGCCAUCAUGA